AUAAAUCAAGAAUUUAUGAGAAAGAAAUAGAAAAUAAACAUGUCUAAUAAAUCUAAAGACCAUGAAUGGACAGUUGACGAGGAGAUUGCUCUUCUUCGAGCUGUUUGCAAGUAUCGGCCAAUCGGUAAAACUCGUUAAUUGAAUGAUGGACUGAAGAGAAAAAACGACUAAAAAAUUGAAUAGGAAUACAUAAACAUUUUAGAAUAAUAUCUGUUAUGAAGGAAAUGAGUUGUUUCACAGUUCGUUCGGCGGAAAUUUGGAAGAAAUUGAAGACUUUUUAUGAUCUGGAACAACUUGAUGAAAUUUCAGAGCGUUUUCGUAAUGGAGGAGGGAAUUUUUUAAAGGAUAAAAAUGGGACGUUUGAUUUGUAUUUUACAGAAUUUCUUUUACCAUGGGAAGAAUAUGGAGAAAUUAUGGAAGAACAUCGACGAGCAAGUGACAGUACAUCUACAAGUCCUCCACAUCUGCCUUAUGGAGCAAUUGGGCUGAGUAAAAUUCUCGAAGAAGCGCAGGAAAUUGAAACAUUUCAGACAGAGAGUCUAGAGCCGGAAAUAACAGAUGAUGAUUUGCAGCUCUAUAUCUCUUCCAACAAGAAAAAAAAGCCUUUAGUUUCACGAAUUAUGCGUCGAACAAAUAGACAAGAGAAAUUAAAUACAUCUGUUUCCGAAAAAAACAAUGUUCUAAAUACUCUGCCUAAUACACGUACUCCGAAAUCUGAAAAACCUUUACAAAAUACUCCUUCAAAUAUGCGUCGAAGUAGUCGGAAUAAGCGUUAAUAAUACAAUUUGGUUAAUUGCACUUUUGGCUUUUUACU